AUGCCUGACGUAAAUUAUAUUAAAUUGGACAAAGAAGUCUUCCAGAAACAAAUUGGCAAUUAUUCAAGGAAAGCAGAAAAAAAUUUCUUAAAAAGUAGAAAAUUCCUAGUAGGAAUAACUAAAUGGCAUUUCCUCUCGAAAUUCUUGUCAUAUCUUCGACAAAAACAAAAAUGUGGUCCACAAAAAGACGAAAUAAGAAAAUGUUUUGGUCCUUUCACGUCUAUGGACUUAACAAGAAAUGGCUUUUGUCAUAAUCUUGAUGCUUUUUCUAGAAAUGAUUAA